AUGCCACCAAAAGGAUGGAGAAAAAGUGCUGAUGGGUCAUACCCGGUUCCUUCAAAGGAAAGAGAUAUGAUCUCUGUGGAUGAUAUACUGUUCCCAAAAGCCACCGUGAAUAGAUUAGCUAGAGCUAUAUUAUCAGAAGGUGGAAUCAUUUCAAAAGAUAGUUCAAGUGCUAUACAGAGAAGUGCUACAGUAUUUGUGAACUACCUUUUGGUUCAAGAACAUGCAAAAAAAUUCGAUAGAAGAACGAUAGGACCUCAAGAUAUUACCAAUGCUUUAGUUACAGCUGAAUUUUCUUCAUUUUUACCAACGGUUAAACAAGAAUUAGAUACUUUCCAAGCUAAUAAAGAUGCCAUUAAACAAAAGAGAAAAGAAGCCAAAGAAAAAGAAGCAUCCAGUACAACAGCAACAACAUCUACAGGAAAUGAUACCAUUGAUGAGAAUGAUAAAGAAACCAAUGAAACAAAUGACAAAGAAGAAACAAAUGAAGAUGGAAAAGCCGAAGAAGACGAAGAUGAUAGUGUGGAACCAAUAGAUCAAGAUGAAUUCGAACAACCAGUCUCCAAGAAGAUCAAGUCCUUAGCAACCACUGACAAUGCUUCUAGAGAAGCCACUGUGAGUGAACCAGAGACAGAAGUCAAUGAAUAA